UCGACGAAAAAGAGAGAGAAAGAGAAACGGGUUAGUGUGUGUGUGUGUGUGAAAGAGAGAGCGCGUGAUCACAUCGACUGCUGGUCUACGUACUACGGCGACGAUCUUCUUCUGCGACAGCAUCCUCCGGCAAAUCAAGCAAGCCGGCGAACAGAUCCGCGUGUACACAGAGAGAGAAAGAUAGAGAGCGAACGAAGCGUUUACGACAGCGCCGCAUCACAGCACACUUCGUCAACGCAUCCUUCGAUUGGCAACGCGCAUCACAUCCUUCGUGGCGAAACCCGUAGCCGCGCCCCCAAACGUCAGUCAGUCAGUCAAUCAGCAAGCGACGAACCCCACCUUCGACACACAACGCAUAGCGCAAUGGGCGAUCAGAAGGGCACACGCGUCUACGUCGGCAACCUUACCGAUAAAGUGAAGAAGGAGGAUCUCGAGGGCGAAUUCACCAAGUACGGUAAAUUGAACUCUGUCUGGGUAGCUUUCAAUCCACCAGGUUUCGCAUUCAUUGAGUUCGAAAACAAGGAAGAGGCGGAAACGGCCUGCGACAAUCUGAACGGUCAGGACAUCCUCGGUUCGAAGCUGCGCGUCGAAAUUUCCAAGGGCCGCCGGAAUCCGCGCGGUGCAUCGCGCGGUUUCCGCGGACCGCCAGGCCGUAACGGGGGCAGCGGUGGUGGCAGUAUCGGUGGCAGCGGUGGUGGUGGCAGCAGCUUCCGCAAUGGGUCACGUGGCGGCUUCCGAGAUGGUGGUUCGAGCUAUCGAAGCGGCAGCAGCGGCGGUGGCGGUGGUGGUGGUGGCAGCUUCCGCGGAGGAAGCCGCAGUUCCGGCCGGUUCGAUGGUGGCUACGGUAGCAGCGGCGGCGGCGGUGGUGGUGGUGGUCGCUCGAGCGGUGGUUACAGCCGGGAUGGUGGCCGCGACGGUGGCUAUGGUAGCAGUGGCGGUAGCUUCGGUGGUGGUGGUGGUUAUGGCGGUGGCCGUAGCAGUGGUGGCGGCGGCGGUGGUGGUGGUGGCGGUGGACGCUUCCGUUCACGGUCUCCGGUCGGUGGUCGUGGUCGGUAUUAAAGGGCCGGGGGUCACACCAUGAUUCGGAGCUGAACCCGGGGCAAACGCACAGAGAUUCCCCCAACACACUGCUCCUCACACACUGCUGGCGUGCAUUCCCAUCGCUCAAAGAGAGUUGGUUUAGUUUGUGUUUGGUUUAUAAUUUCGGUUCAAUUAUCUCGUGAAAGCUUCUUGUGCAAGGAGUGUCCAGGAGAGUGAUGGAUACAACAAAUGGCCAAUGAUGGAACUAAAGAACAAUUUCAACUAGCAUUUAAGCCAUCGAUGAAAGAGAACAAACACAUGUAUAUGACCAGAAAACACACACACACCACUAGCAAGCCAUCAGCGUUCCGUUCAUCACUAUCAUUUAAGUCUUUCGAUUCACGCCUCAAGUCCUCUUGUAGGACAAAGAAUUUCGAGAGAAGAAUUCUACCACAAUGCUAUAUAUACAAGAGUAUACUUUAGUGCAGGAAAACGGACACAAGUCGGUUAAUUAUUCCUUAUCACAACGUUCAUUUGAUUUAAGUUCCUUUUGUUUUAAAUUAUUAUUUUACUUACUGGAACUAAACGAUGUGUGCUCGAAAGAAAGCACGCUUAGUACGGUUUGCCGGACAGUAUAACAACCCCACUUUACGUCUCGAAAUAUGGAAAUCUGUAUUUAAGAAGCUAACAAACGCGAUUUUUAUUUUCUUCUCACUGUUACGAGAAACUGGAAAUGCGAAUUUUAGUGUUUAAGAACAUUCAUUUGUAAACCAUUUGUCAUAACGCGCCACAACAAAUAAUAAUCACUACAGACCCUGACA